AUGUCGAGAACAUUGAUUGUUGUCUGGAUGUUUCUAAAUACUCUCAGUCUAUGGUUUGCCACCUGGCUCAGUGUCUUCUAUUGUGUGAAGAUCGCCAACUUCAGCCAACCUCUAUUCCUCUGGCUGAAGCAGAGAAUAUCAGGGCUAGUGCCACAGCUACUCAUGGGAUCCUUUCUGGUCUCCUUGGUCACCUGUCUCCCUUCAAUCAAUGCCAUAGAAAGAAAGAACAUAGACCAUUCAAUGAAUAAUCUAUCAGGAAACACCACCAGGGAAUGUCAAUAUAAGGUUGAUUUAUCUUCUAGCCUCUUUAUUUUGUCCAUGCUUGGAUAUUCUUCUCCCUUCAUUAUAUUUAUUAUUUCCUCUGUACUGUUAAUCACUUCCCUGUGGAGACACAGCAAGAGGAUGGAAAAAACCACAAGCAGCUCCAGGGACACCGUUACCGAGGCUCAUGUCAGAGCAAUUAAAGGACUGAUCUCUUUCAUUUUCUUCUACAUUUCUUAUUUUGUGACACUGCUAAUAUUUUUGUUACAAUUAUCUACCAUCAGCUCCUACUAUUUAUGGAUAGUGAUCUGUCUGAUAAUGAGUGCUUAUCCUUCUGGGCACUCUAUUAUCCUAAUUUUGAGUAAUCCCAAACUGAAGAGGGUAGCAGUGAGGGCUUUGCACUAUGCUGGUUGCAGGCUGAGAGAUGCUGUUUCAUGA